AUGUCUUCCAUCGCCCUUCAGAUUCCCCAGGAAUACGGCUACGUCAUCCUCAGCGGCGCCCUCACCGUCCUCGUCGGAUUCUGGCACGGCGCCCGCGUCGGCCCCUUCCGCAAGCGCGCCGGCGUCCCCUACCCUUACCUGUACGCCAGCGCCGAGCAGACCGCCGCCGCCAAGUCCCAAAACGAAAAGGACGCCCUCUACCUCUUCAACUGCGCCCAGCGCGGCCACGGAAACUUCCUCGAGGGCCACACCAGCUUCCUCUACCUCCUCCUCGCCGCCGGCCUCAAGUACCCCGUCACCUCCGCCGCCCUCGGCGCGUGGUGGUCCUUCUCCCGCGUCCUCUACGCCAUCGGCUACACCAACGUUGACAAGAAGAACGGCACCGGAAGGUACAUUGGCUCCGGCCAGUACAUUAGCUUCCUCGGCCUCCUCGGCUUGACCAUCAAGACUGGUCUCGACAUGGUCAACGCGUAA